AGGUCCAGCAGGGCGCCUAGCCCAGCCGCUUGUUCCUGAGGUCCGGCCCGGACGCGGCGCAGCUGCUCGAGCAGGGGAUCCAAGACGUGGCUGCCGGGCAGAAGGCCAUGUUGGACUUCGCGAUCUUCGCUGUUACCUUCUUGCUGGCGUUGGUGGCAGCAGUGCUCUACCUCUACCCGGCUUCCAGACAAGCUGCAGGAAUUCCGGGGACUACUCCAACUGAGGAAAAAGAUGGUAAUCUUCCAGAUAUUGUGAACAGUGGAAGUUUGCAUGAGUUCCUGGUUAAUUUGCAUGAGAGAUAUGGGCCUGUAGUCUCUUUCUGGUUUGGCAGACGCCUUGUGGUUAGUUUGGGCACUGUUGAUGUACUGAAGCAGCAUAUCAACCCCAAUCAGACAUCGGACCCUUUUGAAACCAUGCUAAAGUCAUUAUUAAGGUAUCAGUCUGGUGGUGGGAAUGUGAAUGAAAACUUCACAAGAAAAAAAUUGUAUGAAAAUGGUGUGACUAAUUCUCUGAAGAGUAAUUUUCCUCUCCUGUUAAAGCUUUCAGAAGAAUUAUUAGAUAAAUGGCUCACCUACCCGGAGUCCCAGCAUGUACCCCUUUGCCACCAUAUGCUUGGUUUUGCUAUGAAGUCUGUUACACAGAUGGUAUUGGGUAGUACAUUUGAAGAUGAUCAGGAAGUCAUUCGCUUCCAGAAGAAUCAUGGCACAGUUUGGUCUGAGAUUGGAAAAGGCUUUCUAGAUGGAUCACUUGAUAAAAGUACGACUCGGAAAAAACAAUAUGAAGAUGCCCUUAUGCAACUUGAAUCUAUUUUGAAGAAAAUCAUAAAAGAACGAAAAGGAAGGAACUUCAGUCAAUAUAUUUUCAUUGACUCCUUAGUACAGGGGAACCUUAAUGACCAACAGAUCCUAGAAGACAGUAUGAUAUUUUCUCUGGCCAGUUGUGUAAUAACUGCAAAAUUGUGCACCUGGGCAAUCUGUUUUUUAACCACCUCUGAAGAAGUGCAGAAAAAACUAUAUGAAGAGAUAGACCAAGUUUUUGGGAAGGGUCCUGUUACCCCAGAGAAAAUUGAGCAGCUCAGAUACUGUCGGCGGGUGCUUUGUGAAACUGUUCGAACUGCCAAACUGACCCCAGUUUCUGCCCAGCUUCAAGAUAUUGAAGGAAAGAUCGACAAAUUCAUUAUUCCUAGAGAGACCCUUGUUCUUUAUGCUCUUGGUGUGGUACUUCAGGAUCCCAGUACUUGGCCAUCACCAUAUAAGUUUGAUCCAGACCGAUUUGAUGAUGAAUCAAUAAUGAAAACUUUCUCAUUGCUUGGAUUCUCAGGCACACAGGAAUGCCCAGAGUUGAGGUUUGCAUAUAUGGUGACCACAGUACUGCUGAGUGUAUUGGUGAGGAGACUGCACCUACUUUCUGUGGAGGGACAAGUUAUUGAAACUAAGUAUGAACUGGUAACAUCCUCCAAGGAAGAAGCUUGGAUCACUGUCUCAAAAAGAUAUUAAAAUGUUACCUGUUUAACUUUGUUGAGGAAAAUGGCCAUUUAGAAAAUCUUUAUUGAAUCCUUUUACAAACCAAGUAACACUGUGUAAUGUAAACACAUAUAGUACUUUAUUAAGUAAAUUUCGACUUUUUUAUAUUAGAUUUUCGUAAUGCAUAAUACACAUUUGCCUUAUCUCUUUCUAUGCCAUUCUUUGUAUAUACUUUUCUUAGCUUAUCUCUAAAAUUAAUAUUCUGGAAAAGAGAAAUUAUUUUGCAGAAUUUGGAGAAUAUGUUUUUCUGAAUAUUCAUAAAAGAGACAAAAGCCUAUUCACUUUCAUACUUCCAAUAAAUCACCUUAAAGGGAGUAAAAAGGACAUUUCAUAAUUUUAUUUCUUGGAUUAAUAUUUUUAUUGUCUGAGUAUAAAUUAAUUUAUGUUUAAUCAUUGUUAUUAGGUUUCAUAAUUCAUUGGGUAGCCUAUCUUGUAUUCGCUAUUUUUAUGCCUCCCCAGACAAUGGUGUUCAUUUCAUGAUUUACACAAGUCUCAUCAUUUUGAAAUGUUCCGAUCAUUUAGAAAAUAAUAUAGUUGUUUUUUAAUGCCAAAGUGACAAAAUAAAAUUGAGGCUUGUUGGUCCUUCUGUUUUGCUGUAAAUCUUAUUAGCACUAAAUUAUUCCACUAAUUCUCAUUGUGGAAAAAACAAUUCCUAAAUUUAUUUAUUAUGUCAUAUAGUCAACAUAAUGAAUUUAUGACUAAGAAAAGAGAGAGCAUUAACCAAAAACAAACCCCCAAAGAUGGGUGAAAAUAAUUGCAAAAUAUUUGACAGAAAUGUUUAAUAACCAUAUUAUAUAUAAAGAGCUCAUACAAAUUGGUAAGAAAACAUACAAUUGAUAAAUGAAUCAAAGACAUGAAUAGUAGCUUUUACAGGAGAAACUAGUAAACUUUUAGAAAAAUGAUCAGUCUCACUAGUAAGCAAAAUAUUGGAGCUAUUUCAAAGUAUUUUAAAUAUCUUUUAACAUUCAUACUUUAGUACUGAUAAGUUUUAUAUUUAAUAGUUUUUUAUUCGUAGCACUAUAUUUUAGUCCACUUUUUUUGGUUAUGCUCUUCUUCAAGACCUCUUUUCUAAAAUACAUUUUUUAAAGACUACAAUUGAAGGAAAUAUGCCAAGUGCAGAUAGAGAGGAAAGGGAGAAAAAUGAAAAAUGUUGCAAGUGAGCUUAUUUUUAAAACUGCUAAAUUUAAUUUGUAAAUUUAGUUUAAAGAAUGUACCCUGGUUCUUAAUUAUUAUUUUAUGCUGUGUUUGUGGUUAAAGAGCUAACAUUUUAGAAAUAGUUAUGAGUGGUUAGAAUUUAAUUAGAUGCAGGCUUUAUUUCUCACAAAAAUAUUUAAUUUAUGGAAGAAUUUACAUUCUAAAACUGUUAAAUGUAUUCAAAAGUUCCUAAUGUCGUCGUUUCUAAAACAUAUGUUUCUAAAUAAAUUGUUAAAUUUACUCCCACCCAGGUAUCAUUUUCUCCCGUUCAAGUACUAAGCAGGCCCAACCCUGCCUAGCUUCUGAGAUCAGACAAGAUUGGGAGCAUUCAGGGUGGUAUGGCCAUAGACCAUUUUCUAUGGUUUUGUGCACGCAUCUUUCUUUGUUGUCCAGGUACCUUCAUUAGUUUGGUAAACCAAGUGUUAGAAAAAUCAGAUGAGAUAGAUGGGAUUUCAAAGUAGGUGAGACCUUAUCAGCAGUGAUAAAGGCAAAAGAAAUACAACAGGGCAGCAGAGCCAGAGUUGACAUAUUGCCAGCAAAUGUGCCCAUGUAUAAUUACUAAUAAUAAUUGGAAUCAAGGAAAAUAGAGGCUAGAAGAAUCAUCUAAAUAAGUACAUUUUAUUCAUAGUUACAUGACUAACU